AACUUUAAAAGAUGGCCGAUGCUUUGAGCAUUUUAAAGCAAUAUACAAUCGACAAGAAAAUAAAUGAUAUUAUAGAGAAGGACGAUCAAAUUAUUUUUGGAGAUUUUGCAUGGCCGAAGACAGCUAAAACAAAUUAUCUAAUCUACGGGACAGGGAAAGAUGGAAUUGCCAAAGAUUAUUACACAUUGGACUGCAUUGUCUUCCUCUUGAAAAAUGUACACAUUCCUCAUGCAUCCUACGUCAAGCAGGCCGCUGCGGCCAGUGUGUCAGUUGUUCGUCGUCCAGAUAGGAAGGACAUGUUGUCAUAUUUGUAUGGGGAGGUCUCUUCACUAUCCAGCAUCGACAAAAGUGCCCCACUAGAAAUUUCUCUCCAGAGACCUGUUCAGUUGAAGAGAGGUGCUGAAGAAACACUCGGCGACCAUGACAGCAAGAAGCCCAGGAUCGAGGAGGCAAGUAUGGAGAAACACAGAGUGAGACUGGCCAUGAAAUUGAGUUCACCAUCCAGGGAGGAGUCAGUCAUCCCUUCGCAAGUCAUCAACAGUGACUCGACGAUCUGUCAGACGAUGUCCAUCGAGAAGAUAUCAGCCAUCCGGGCGAAGAUCAUCGCACGCAAGCGUAAAACAAUAAAAGACGACAUGCUGGAUGCCGAAUCACAUGCGUACGUCGAAGUCGGAGUGGAUGUCACCCGAGACAUCAUCAGCAAGGAGAGGCAGUGGAGGACGAGGACCAGCAUUCUACAAAGUUCUGGGAAGGAUUUUUCCAAAAACAUCUUUGGCAUACUUCAGUCUAUAAAAGUGAGAGAAGAAGGAGCCAUAAAGCAGCAGGUUGAGCCAAGCAGCAACAGCAGCAACAACAUCGUUAGCAGCCAACCAUCCUCAACCAAUCCCAGCAAACCAGCAAUCCAACCAACUUCGUACAGCAGAUAUGACCAAGAACUUUUUCGCAACAAAGAAGAAACUGAAGGAUUCAAAAUCGACACCAUGGAAACUUUCCACGGCAUGACCUUGAAAUCUGUAACAGAGGGUGUAUCAGCCAGGAAAGUUGUCGAGGCAACGAGCACAAAUCUGGGAACCCAGCAUGCAGCUGUUGGUGCCAACAUCUCUAAUAACACUGUUGCUAACAACGUUGGCGGGAUGAAUAAUGGGACGAGCAACGGGGGUGCAAGGCCCAUUUCUCAAGCACGACCGCCAGCCAAUCAAAAGAAAGUAUCAAAAACUCCAAUCAUCAUCAUCCCGGCUGCCACGACCUCCAUCAUGACGAUGUACAACGUCAAGGAUCUCCUUCAGGAUCUCAGGUACGUGAGCGUUGAGGAGAAGAAGAGUCAGGGGGUGAAGAGGGACAACGAGGUUCUCUUGCAGAGGCAGAAAUCUGGAACGACCUUGACCGUUCCUUAUAGAGUCAUCGACAAUCCAUCAAAACUAACAGCCGACGAAUGGGAUCGAGUGGCAGCAGUCUUCGUGCAGGGUCCCAGUUGGCAGUUCAAGAACUGGCCCUGGGGUGGCAACCCUGUCGAAAUAUUUUCAAAAAUGAAGGCAUUCCACUUGAAAUGGAAGGAGUUACCGCUGGAUGCUAAUGUUCAGAAGUGGGCAGUGACAGUGUUAAGUCUUGAUAAGCAGAGGAGGCACCUGGACCGAGCCACGCUCAAAACUUUCUGGGAAGUACUUGACAAACACAUGGCCAAGAACAAACCUCACCUCAGAUUUUAAAAGUAACUCAUCAGUCAGUUUGGAAUGGAGAGGUACGGAGCAGAAACAGCAAGCAAUUGAAAUGUACACAACCACAUAUAUCAGUUGUGUGUGUGUGUGUGUGUGUGUAUGCGCGCGUGAUAACUGUGUGUGGGAUAACAUAUAUGCGAACAUUAAUAACAUAUUGUCAACAAUUAUUUUUUAAUAUUACAUUUUAAUUAUUUAAAUUCUUGAAAAUUAAUGCUAUAACUGUUAAAUUAUGAUAUAUAUUUUUAUAGAUAUAAUAAUGGAUAUAUAUUUUUUGUCCUAUAUAUAUAUAUAUAUAUAUAUAUAUAUAUAUAUAUAUAUAUAUAUAUAUAUAUAUAUAUAUCAUAAUUUAAUUGGUGUAAAUAAAUCUUUUAACCUUUAAAAAUUAUUUAUUCAUGAAUAAUAAUCUCAUACAGUGA